GAAAGAGACAGAGAAAAAGCGUGUAGUUGAAGGCGUAGGCGAAGCAGCGUUGUUGAUUCAAAAUCCGUUGAUCGAUUCGCCGGAAAAGAUGUCAGGAGUCAACAACGAUGAAGACAAGAAGCCCGGCACAGGCGGCGAUCAAGGCGCACACAUCAAUUUGAAAGUCAAAGGCCAGGAUGGUAAUGAAGUGUUCUUUAGGAUCAAAAGGAGCACACAACUGAAGAAACUAAUGAAUGCCUACUGUGAUCGACAGUCUGUGGAGCUUAAUUCUAUUGCCUUCUUGUUUGAUGGGCGUCGUCUUCGUGGGGAACAGACUCCCGAUGAGCUAGAGAUGGAGGAAGGUGAUGAGAUAGAUGCAAUGCUGCACCAAACAGGCGGUGGAUUCGGCAAGUUCUGAAUGUAGAAUCACCUUAUAUGAUCUAGGGUCUAUCCGUAAAAUCGCCAGUUGAACUUUGCCGAAAGCUGGUUAUUGUCUCGGUUUGUUGUGUUUGAGGUCCGUUUCUGGCAGUAUAAAACUCUAUUCAGGAUCCGUUACCAUAACAUGUAUCGUGUUAAUCAGUCGUGUUUGAAGUUAAACUAGGAAACCUGCCAACUUGUUUUCGACUUGGUUGUAUUUUUGUUUGAAAAGUUAUGUGAAUCAUGUGUUUUACCGUCAUGAAA